CUUCACGUUCUACCUUUCUCCCUUCUUCUUUUUACUUGGAAAAGACCUUAUCUACCUUUCCCCCUCCCCUUAAGAGCACAGAAUCCCUCAUCUCCUAUACAGCAACCAUCCAUGCUUCUAAGGGCCAAUCCAAUCCUUCGCGACGAUCUUAUAGUCUUAUCUUUGCAACAAACCAAAUUUCAGGAACAGCACCUGACGACGCAACAACCUCCUACAACAACUGUCUGUCAUCCACAUGCACUUCAUUUGAAGAACAAUGAAGAUGGUAUCACACAUUUAGCUGAUUUGGUGGAUUUCAUUCUUCGUGCAAGAAGGCUUUCGGCCGUGGUAACAGGACAAGUACCGCCAUCGACAGCAAACAACAAAGCGUCGGAUGACACGAUACGCUCCAUCAUGGUGCCAGCAAGAGAAGCAUCCACAGAUCACCAUCGUCAAAGUAGUAACAGUACUAAACGUUGGUCAUCAGCAGCAGCAGCAGCAGCAUUGCAUGCGCCAUCUUCUCAACAACGACAGCAAGAAAGGCGGCGUAUAUCUACUGCAUCGUCAUCAUACUCUUCUACAUCAGUCCUAUCCAUUUUGAAAGAAGAACAAAGCUUUGAACAAGUACAACAAAAGGACAAGGGAAAAAGCAGAGGAAAAGAAAAGGCUAUUCCCACCAUGAUUGUCACAACUUCAGAUAAUGACGAAAAACGGCAAAUUCGACGUUUACGAUCAUCGACAGCUACUACAGCCACUUCUACAGCAUCAAGUGCAUCAUCAUCAUCAUCUGAUAACAACACUGGUGGCGGUGAGCAAAGGGAUUCUCUUGUAGCACGAGGUGGAGAAUGUAUUGAUGGAGCAGCAGCAACAACAAUAACACAAUCUUUACCGUCUUGUCAUCAUCCGAAAUACCAUCAUCAUCACCAGCAGCAGAGACGCCCUAAAACAGGAGGAGGGGCAGCAGCAACUCGAACUUUUUAUAGCGAACCUUCCAUUCAUGAAUAUCAAAGAAAUAAUAGUUCCAACAGUAUGGAAGCGCGGCUUAGAUUGAUGGGACCAAUGAUAGCGCCUCCUGCAGUGGAUGGUAUGCGUGCUCGUAGUAACAGUUCUAUUACUACAAGCGAAUGCAACAAGUACAUUUCCAGAAAUGGUGUUGCCAGUUCGUCCACGUCUACGUCUUCUGGAUCAUCAUCAUCAUCAUCAUCAUCAUCAUCAUCAUCAUCAUCAAGUCGUCCAGUAACACCCACCCAUCCUCAUUCUGCUGCUGGUAGUGAUCAACUGCUUCCAUCUUGGAAGAAGGAAAAGUCAAGCUUAAUACGUGCACGAGACGAUGAUGACAAUAGAUCGUUUAGAAAAAGAUUAUUGUCUCGUACAGGAUCGCUGAGUGAAAAGAUACAAGAAGGACUCUUGCAAAGAAGAACAUCUGCAGUGAGGACAUUGAAGCAUGUUGUCAGACGUUCUUCGACAGUGCAGAAGUAGUGACAUAGAAUCCAGCAGCAGCAGCAGCAGCAGCAGCAGUAGUAGUAGUUUAUGUUACUUUUUUGUAAAUUUAACACACCCAUUAUGCAAAAUACACAAUUCAAA